AUGGUCAGAGUCAGUGAACAGUGCCGUUCCAGCCCGCUGUGCUGUGUGAGCUCAGGCCAGCAGGAUGGAUUUUUGUCCCGUUUUCUUUCCACUCAACAGGGCUCUCAGCAUCCCUUUAACAGGCAAAAGAAACCUCUAGCAACAUCCACUCAACAGGGCUCUCAUCAUCCCUUUAACAGGCAAAAGAAACCUCUAGCAACAUCCACUCAACAGGGCUCUCAGCAUCCCUUUAACAGGCAAAAGAAACCUCUAGCAACAUCCACUCAACAGGGCUCUCAGCAUCCCUUUAACAGGCAAAAGAAACCUCUAGCAACAUCCACUCAACAGGGCUCUCAGCAUCCCUUUAACAGGCAAAAGAAACCUCUAGCAACAUCCACUCAACAGGGCUCUCAGCAUCCCUUUAACAGGCAAAAGAAACCUCUAGCAACAUCCACUCAACAGGGCUCUCAUCAUCCCUUUAACAGGCAAAAGAAACCUCUAGCAACAUCCACUCAACAGGGCUCUCAUCAUCCCUUUAACAGGCAAAAGAAACCUCUAGCAACAUCCACUCAACAGGGCUCUCAGCAUCCCUUUAACAGGCAAAAGAAACCUCUAGCAACAUCCACUCAACAGGGCUCUCAGCAUCCCUUUAACAGGCAAAAGAAACCUCUAGCAACAUCCACUCAACAGGGCUCUCAGCAUCCCUUUAACAGGCAAAAGAAACCUCUAGCAACAUCCACUCAACAGGGCUCUCAGCAUCCCUUUAACAGGCAAAAGAAACCUCUAGCAACAUCCACUCAACAGGGCUCUCAGCAUCCCUUUAACAGGCAAAAGAAACCUCUAGCAACAUCCACUCAACAGGGCUCUCAUCAUCCCUUUAACAGGCAAAAGAAACCUCUAGCAACAUCCACUCAACAGGGCUCUCAGCAUCCCUUUAACAGGCAAAAGAAACCUCUAGCAACAUCCACUCAACAGGGCUCUCAGCAUCCCUUUAACAGGCAAAAGAAACCUCUAGCAACAUCCACUCAACAGGGCUCUCAGCAUCCCUUUAACAGGCAAAAAAAAGUUGAGCUACAAGUUUGUUGACUGAUUACUUUCUCUAUGGUUGCACCCCGCAUUUUACACACAACGCAAUGUUAAAAGAAUAGGGGAGACGGGGGCUGGUUGUCACACUUUUUACUCUUUAUUAUUCUCCUCAAUCUGGUGCCACGCUGCGAGGUUCUGUUCCUCGUUAUAUCGAAGAAUAACU